CAACGUAUUCAACGCUUCAACGAUAACCUUUAACUUUAACAACAAAAAAAAAUAUUUUUAUCUGCGUGUAUAUUAAAUUCCUCCUCUUACACCUAUAUUUCAUUAUUUACUACGUAGUAACUUUCAAACUAUAGUUGAAAUUAUAUUUUUCCUGGUCUAUAAUAAAUUAUCAACUGAACUGUAAGUCGUAGUAGCCGGUUGAACUCGAAGCGCUUUCUUUUCAUGGCCAACAUUCGAACGCUAAAAAUUGUUCACUGAUUUCUUCGAUUUACGUCCAAUAUAAGUGAUUGGUGUCAAAUAUGCAAUUUUGGUUAUUAGUAUUUAUUUUUGUAAUAACAUGGUAUAUAACAAAAAAAAGAAAAUGGAUUUAUAUUAUUUAUAAAACGUGGAAACGUGAUAUUAAGUUAAUUAUUAUUGGUUUAAAAACUUUUUUUUGUAUAAUUCCUUUCGAGAGGAAACAGCAAACGGUGAUUAAAUUAUUCAAGAAAACAGUCGAGAAAAAUCCAGAUAAAAUCGCUUUUCAUUUCGAAGAUGAAGCUUGGACUUUCAAACAGGUAGAUAACUUUUCUAAUAAAGUAGGAAAUUAUUUUUUAUCUAUUGGUUUUAAAAAAGGCGAAACUGUAGCACUUUUACUUGAAAACAGACCAGAAUUCGUUGCAAUUUGGUUAGGACUAGGGAAAAUAGGGAUCGUUACAGCCCUUAUCAAUACCAAUUUACGAACGAAAUCUUUGGAAAAUUGUAUUUCAAUCGUAGGAGCUGAAGCGUUAAUUUUCGGAUCGGAUUUCGUAAAAGCUGUCACUGAUAUCCAUCCUAAUUUGGAAGGCAUUCGAUUAUUUCAAUUCGAUACUAUCGAUUCUCCAAAUCAAGUUCAGAACGCAAUCGAUUUGAAAAACGUUCUAACUGACUUUUCGAACGAUUUGGAUGACAGAUUCUUGCAAGGACAAAGUGUCAAGGAUAUUCUUUUAUACGUUUAUACGUCAGGAACGACAGGCUUACCGAAAGCGGCUAAAAUUACACAUAGCAGAUUUAUUUUUAUGGCUUGUUCAAUUUAUAACGUGAUGGAAUUGACAGAAAACGACAUUUUUUACAAUCCUCUUCCGUUGUAUCACUCGUCUGGGGGCGUAAUGUCCUUGGGCUUGUGUUUAAUCUUCGGUUUAACAAUGGUAGUACGUAAAAAAUUUUCCGCAUCGAAUUUUUGGAAGGACUGCAUCAAAUACAAUUGUACGGCUAGUAAUUAUAUAGGAGAAACUUGCAGAUACAUUUUGGAAGCGCACAAAGGACAAAAAAUACUCGAUCAUAAAGUGAAAAAAAUGUACGGGAACGGUCUGAAAAAGGACAUCUGGGAAAAAUUUUUAAAAGCUUUCAAUAAUCCUCGCAUGUACGAAGGAUACGGAUCCACCGAAGGCAACGUUAACAUGAUAAAUCUCGAAGGUAAAAUCGGAGCCGUAGGAUUCAUCCCUAUUAUCCUGAAUCCGAUAUCGCCUAUAAUAUUAAUAAAAUACGACGAAGAAACUUAUGAACCAAUCAGAGAUCGAAAUGGAUUUUGUAUUAAAUGUAAAGACAACGAACCGGGGCUUCUGAUUGGUCGUAUCAACAAACAACUUUCUACUUGUCGUUUCGAGGGUUACGCAAAUCAAAAAGAAACGAACAAAAAAAUUUUAACCAACGUUUUUAAAAACGGCGAUAAAUAUUUCAAUUCCGGAGAUCUAUUUACUAAAGACGAAUGUAAUUAUCUCUAUUUUAAAGACAGAGUUGGUGAUACUUACAGAAUUUUUCGCCUCUUUUUCACCCCUAUUAGUUCAAAACUACGAAACAAUUAGUUAAAAACAAGAUCAUCGCCUGUUGCCUCAAACUUUAAUUCAUCUAAUGAUGCUUUGAUCCUUAAAAAAUGUUGAUUAUCAUCAUAGCAAGUCAGCGGUAAUGCGAAACAGUUAGAGGACGUUUUAUCACCUUCGGCUUCUUCCUGGAUCUCAUUUAGCAGAAUGACUUGGAGCUAUACGUAUCAGGAUUCGUUUCGCAUGUUUAUGAGGAUUUUUAAAUCUCCUAUAUGGCCAAUAAAUAUGAUAAUAUUAUCUGUAGUAAGUAUCCAUAGGUUUUUUGAUUCAUUUAAGACUUCGUUGAUUAUUCGCUCAGGUUCUUUGUAUCUGUUAUCAUUUUUUCAUGCUUCCCUCGUAUCAACAGCAUUUAUAAAUAAACCUGAUUGGCUCUGACGUAAUUUGUGUAUCAAUUUUCGUCUGUUAAAAUGCCUUGUUGCGUUUGUUUGUAUUUGAAUAAGUAAAUUCAAAAUGACUUAGGAUGAAAAGUUGAUGGAUUUUUCAUUUUAUUUUCAAGAUGGAAAGGAGAAAAUGUAGCUACGACAGAAGUAGAAUGCAUAGUUUCAGAAAUCUUGGGUCCUAAAGAUAUAGUUGUCUAUGGGGUCGAGGUAAGAAAAUCCAUAUUUGGUAUUCAAUAUUCCCACAUUUUUGCAACUUCCUGUAUAUUUUUUAUUAAAUUUUGCACGAAUCUUCUCCUUAACUUACCUUUUUUCCACUCUAUACAAAAAAAUUCCAAAUAUCUUCAUUUUUUUUUGAGAUACCCGACCAUGAAGGCAAAGCUGGUAUGAUCGGCAUAGUGGAUAAUGAUAAUUCCGUGAAUAGCAAAGUUUUAGCAGAAGGUUUGAAAUCGCAUUUACCAGGUUACGCCAUACCGCUGUUUCUUAGAAAAUUGUCUGCCAUGCCCUUAACGACCACUUUCAAAAUUCAAAAAAACCAAUUACAAAAAGAGGGUUUUGAUAUUAAUGUCGUACAAGAUGCGAUAUACAUGUAUGAUAGUAAAGCCGUUGAUUACGUGCCUAUUGAAGAAGUCUACGACGAUCUUAUUAAUGGGAAAAUGAAGCUGUGAAAAUAUUAUUUUUUUCGUAUACUGUACAUUGUAAUAUAAAUAUUAAUAAACCUUUUUUAUUUUUCAA